GAAUAUAGGAACAGAAGGUGUUCGCUCCGGAACCUUUAUUUGGUGGUUUGCGGCUUCACUACGACAUCAAUCGUUGACGGACUAUGUACAAAUCAACGUGCGUGACCUGACAAUUGUCUCAGGAUAGAUGUAAACACAAGGUGACGUCAGUGCUGUGUUACUCCUUCACUAUUUCACACAUUCGUGUUUGUUCUAACUCGGGAAGCGUCGACGCAUGAAAACAAACCACGGAGAAACGUCUGCUAACGUGCUGCUUUCUGCGGGGACGCGGGACAUCCGGCCGAGCACCCUAAUGCUGACUGGGAAGGCCUUUGGAUUCGGUGGACGUGUCAGGUCUUGUGUUCUCCAACCUCUGGCCCGUCUUUUUUCCGCUCCCAGCAACAUGGCCAAGAGCAAGUUUGAGUACGUCCGCAACUUCGAAACAGACGACACUUGUCUGAGAAACUGCUACAUUGUUGUGAGGCUGGAUGGCCGCAACUUUCACAAGUUCGCAGAGAAGCACAAGUUCAUGAAGCCCAAUGAUAACCGGGCUUUGGACCUGAUGACUCGGAGCGCACGCUCCGUUAUGGAGGAAUUAGAGGAUAUUGUUAUCGCUUACGGUCAAAGUGAUGAGUUCAGCUUUGUUUUCAAGAGGAGCUCUUCUUGGUUUAAGAGGAGAUCCAGUAAGCUCAUGACGCAUGUGGCCUCCCAGUUCUCCUCCUCAUAUGUCUUCUACUGGAAGGAGUUUUUUGGAGAGCAGCCUCUCUUGUACCCCCCGGGCUUUGAUGGGCGUGUGGUCCUGUAUCCCAGCAACCGCAACCUCAGAGACUACCUCAGCUGGAGGCAAGCAGAUUGUCACAUAAAUAAUUUGUACAACACAGUGUUUUGGACUCUAGUACAAAAGGGAGGACUCACCACACACCAGGCAGAAGAUCGCUUAAAGGGAACAUUAGCCGCAGACAAAAACGAGAUCCUGUUCUCCGAGUUUGACAUCAACUACAACACUGAGCCGGCCCUUCACAGGAAAGGCACCACUCUCAUCUGGGAAAAGAGAGACGAAACUGUCACCAAGCGGCAGAAGCUACCAACGGGAGAGGAGAAGGAGGUGGCGGUGACCCGCAGCAGGAGGAGUGUGCAGGCCCACCACGGAGACAUCAUAGGAGAGCAGUUCUGGGAGGAGCACCCGGACGUCCUGGAGGACGACGACAACUGCUGACGGCUCCUGCGCUGCCGUAGGACAAAAUGUCCGCACCGAGGAGAGGCGUGACUGCAGUGGACACGUGCUGGAGCAGCCUGAUGUGGACUGAACAACUGUGUCAGACAGAAUGACAGCUACCCAUGAAUGAAGCGUAAUGCCCCUUGAAUCCCCAGUAAGAGCUUUUUCUGAGACUCGAGCCUGGGAUGGUUGACUGUGUACGAUUGCUUUUCUCACAGCUGGAACAUAGUCUUACUAUUGGGUAUUAAACUUCAGUCAUGAUUUUCCCACAAAGUAGGAGGUUUUCUGCUUAAAUUGAUGAAGAUGCCUGUCAUGCUCCGAGGGAAUCGGAUCCAUGCUCUGCUACGGUUGCUUUUCCCAAAACGUAUCAAUAUCCUGAAUGACAUUUAAACACUACCAUCACUUGAUCUUUUGGACAGCGGCGAUUCUGAAUCUCAAAUAGCCUUUUUGUUCAGGUUCCUAUUCUUUGACUUGUACUUAUUCUGGAACGCUCUUCUGCAAAGAGUUCAAUAUCACUUAGUUUGUAAAAGAGGAACCGAUCUGAGGGCGGAGUAAGCAGAGUAAAGCUGAAACCAAUACCUUGGCAGGAACAAGUGGCGUUGUCAUGCAGCCAGGACACCAUUUAGAGAUGUGAAUGAAUUUUUGGCGGCCGGCACUGUCAUCGGGGCUAAGAAUACCUCACACACCCUGCGCACACGCACACCUCUGACAUGUGGCAUAUUUAUCAUUGCGCUCAUAAAUGACCUGCUCAGUAUGAAUGGCUGCUGGAAGCCUGAAGCCGACUGUAUUCUGAUACUGCGUAGUAAGCUCGGUUACAUUCAGGUAUCAGUUGUAUUUUUGGUCUCCUGACCAUGUUUAUAAAAAAAAACUCUCCAGCCAA